CGUGCGCGCCGCCGCGCCGAACCCCGCGCUGCCGCCCGCAGCACCGACCCCUGCUCGGGAAAUGGCGAAGUAGCCGGGAUUGGGGAGGAGGGGGCAGCGCCGGGAGCUAUGGCACCUCCUCACAGCUGAGCGGCUCGGAGCGUGACCUCGAUUGGUUUGGGACUGCGGGCAGAUCUGAUGAGCUGAGGAAAAUCCAGAGCAGGAGGAUCUGGGCAGCAGGAGAGGAGCCCCCCUUCUAUCCAUCCAUCCCGCCCUCCUCUUCCCCAGGCCUGCUGGCACUGCCCCGCUGAUACUUGCGGAGUUCGGGGGUAACCUGGACCUGGCCGCCCUGGAAUAGAGACUCUCCGGAAGGGAUCGGUUGGGGUUUGUGGUCUAUGUCGUGUUGGGAAAUCUGGUGGAUUUUUUCCUCGCUUGUGGAGGAAGAGCCCGGUGCUGGCAGUUGGCUUCGUGGUGUUUUUUGGAGGGCAAAGGAAAGGAAGGGAUCUCGCCUGAGCCGUGCAAAGAGAGAGCUCGGACAUGUGUUGUCAGCACAUCUGGGGAAUACAGUCUGCAAGUCUGAAAGGAAAUUUGCUGGGAUCGUUCAAACUGCGAUAUUGAUCUUUGUUAUUUUUUUUCGCUGAGGGAUGCAUUUGGCAUGAGAAUCGGAGGAUGGAAAUUGUUUGGGAGGUGCUUUUUCUCCUGCAAGCGAAUUUCAUCGUCUGCAUUUCAGCUCAACAAAAUUCACCAAAAAUCCAUGAAGGCUGGUGGGCAUAUAAGGAGGUGGUCCAGGGAAGCUUUGUCCCAGUUCCCUCCUUUUGGGGUUUGGUGAACUCAGCUUGGAAUCUUUGCUCUGUUGGGAAAAGACAGUCACCUGUCAAUAUUGAAACCAGCCAUAUGAUUUUUGAUCCCUUCCUAACUCCACUUCGCAUAAACACAGGGGGAAGAAAGGUCAGUGGGACGAUGUAUAACACAGGGAGACAUGUAUCUCUACGAUUAGACAAAGAGCAUCUGGUCAACAUCUCUGGAGGACCGAUGACAUACAGCCACCGCUUAGAGGAAAUCCGGUUACACUUUGGAAGUGAAGACAGCCAGGGAUCAGAGCACCUACUCAAUGGGCAGGCCUUCUCUGGGGAGGUUCAACUAAUCCACUAUAACCAUGAGCUGUACACAAAUGUCACAGAAGCUGCAAAGAGUCCUAAUGGGUUGGUGGUAGUUUCCAUAUUUAUGAAAGUAUCUGAAUCAUCAAAUCCAUUUCUAAAUCGUAUGCUUAACAGAGACACCAUAACGAGAAUAACAUAUAAAAAUGAUGCAUACUUACUACAGGGGCUUAAUAUUGAGGAACUUUAUCCAGAGACUUCUAGUUUCAUUACGUAUGAUGGGUCAAUGACAAUUCCACCCUGCUAUGAAACGGCAAGCUGGAUAAUAAUGAACAAACCUGUCUACAUAACAAGGAUGCAGAUGCAUUCUUUACGACUGCUAAGCCAGAAUCAACCAUCACAGAUAUUUCUGAGCAUGAGCGACAAUUUCAGACCAGUCCAGCCUCUCAACAAUCGAUGUAUCCGAACCAAUAUCAACUUUAGUUUACAGGGAAAAGAUUGUCCAAACAAUAGAGCACAGAAACUACAGUAUAGAGUAAAUGAAUGGCUCCUCAAGUAAGAAAGACAGAGCAGGCAGAACCCAUAACCUCAGUGGAAUGCUACUACUGUGAAUUGACAUAAUCUAGAAUGCACCCAACCUCACUGUCUUUGGGUUCGGACAGCACUGCUAACGUGCUGUAGGAAAAGAGCUGCCAUGCUGAGAACUCAACUCAAAAUUCAUUCAUAUGAUCGGUGGCAAAUAAAAAAAGUAAAAAAAAAAAAAAAAAAAAAAAAGACAGUAUUACAGUAAAUGUGAUUACAAUUUUCCUGAACUAAUUUAGCUUCACAAAGAAAGACUUUGCAGCCUUUGUACAUAGGAAAUUCUUCCUCUUUCCCCCCUCCCUCAAAUUAAAAAAAAAAAAAAGAUUAAAAAAAAAAGAAAGAAAAAAGGUGGCUCGGUACAGCAUCAAAGUGGAGUUGUGUUCUGUGUGCCAAGUAAUCCUUGGAAGCUCUCAUUUCACUAUCAUUAAUGGAUACUGACAAGACAGAACAAGACGCCUGUAGAGGAAACUUAUUUCUGGGUUAUGAACUUUCUGUUAAUUUCAUUUCAAAAGGGGCAGAGAUAAGUAUUGUAAAUAUAUCACUGCAGAAUAUAAAGGAAACGGAACUAUUUCCCUCUGUCACAUAUCUGUAGUAGGAUUUGCCAAAAUCAGAAUUGAGCCAUUUUCUGUUUCUCAUUUUACAACAGGUCAUACAUUGUGUUGGUUACUAUUAACAACUCAAUAAAUGUGUUUAACAAAUUCAUUUAGUAAACUUGCUAUGAUUUAUUCUGUUCCUUUCUCACAUAAUAAGCCUCUACUAUUUGUGGCUGCAUUAUUUGUUGUAGUAUUUUUUUCUUUUUUUAUUUCCCCCUUUUAUUUUUUUACUGGAUUUAUUUGUUUGCAGCCAAUUUAAGUGAGUUAAUGGCCAUUGGAAAUGCACUCAAAGCCAGUAUAACUUUAACUCCACUUUAUGGUCCCUCAUUAACAGGAGCUGGGCUCAGAAGCAGAAAGCAUUUGAAACCUAUCUCAGUUUAAAAUUGCCAGGCCCUGCUGAAUCCAUUAUCAGGACAAACCAACUCAAUCCGGAAAAUUGGUGGUGGAAAGGGACAUCUUUUCUUUACAGAUAAAGCAGGAGCUGACCAAGUAAAAGCGAAUGCCUUUUUUCUUGUUUAUAAUGGUCAUUCACUGUGUUUGGUUACGGUUACUGUCAAGAACUCAAUAAAUGUGUUUAACAAGUU